AAUAAAUUGCAUUUAAUCGCUAGUCUCCAAGCCACUCCCUGUGGCUUAGAACCAUCUUCUCAUUGCUAAAUAAGGACUAGACUUUACUCUUUAGAUUGGCUUGAGGUUUAGGACACAUUUGAGUAGAAUAUAUACAAGGUUUCCAUUAUAGCUUAGAGUGUCUGUUACUUCUCGUUUCUCCCUCCUUUUCCUCCUCUUCCUCCUCCUCCUUCUCUUUCAAGUCUUUCAAAGUCCUGAUACAUCUAUUACUGCUGAUUAAUAUUGAUUUUAUUUUAUCUUAUUGGCACUGGAGGUUGAAGCUAAGGCCUUGCACAGGAGAGCACACACUCCACACCCCUGGUCCUUGGCAGACUAUUAUUAAUGUGAGUUUCUUGGUGGUGAUGGACAGUGACUGUACAGUGGCGUGUACCCAUUGUACUGUCGUUAUGGUUCCACUGUCUUAAAAGCCCUCUAUGGCCUGUCACACACCCUUUUCUUUAUCUGCUGCCCACUGCAGAUCUUUCUCAUUAUCUUCCUGUUUGCCCUCUUUCACACUGUCGGGUAGCUAGAACCAGUGUGUAGCCCUUUCCCAUUGCCUUGUGUCACUUAGCAGUGUGCAUUUACGGUUCCUCCAUGUCUACUAUUGGGUCUCAUUGCCGAGUACCAAAAUGUGUUUCUUCUUUGACCUGUGGAAGGACGUCUUGAUUGCUUUCAAGUCUGGACAAUUAUGAGUGAAGCCAACAGUCAUUUUGGGCAUAGACAAGAGGCUUCAGAUCAUUUGGGUAAAGACUAGGAAUGUGAUUGUUGGAUCACAUGGUAAGAGCAUGCAUUGUUUUUUAAGAAAUAACCAAACUCUUUUCCAAGAUUACUGUACCAUUUUGCAUUCCCUCCAGCAGACAGACAGACAGACAGACAGACAGGUGUGGGGGGGAUUCUGUUGCUCUGUAUGUGACGGUGUCAGUGUUUGGCAUUUUGACCAUCUAAUAGAUGGCAGAAUUCACACUCACCCCCACCCCAACUCUCCCCUUCAUUUUUCCGAUGACAUAUGCUAUUAAAUAUUUUUUUCACAUGCUUAUUUACCAUUUGUGUAUCCUCUGAAUUGGGAUGUCUGUUCAGAUUUUUUUUUGCUCAUUUUUCAAAACAGUCUUUUAAAAUUAUUAUGGUAAGAUAUAUCCAGCACAGAAUUUACUACUUUAAGAGCUUUUAAAUAAUUCUAUCCACUUCAGUGGCAUUGAGUACAUUCACGGUGUUAUGUAAUUGACCAUGCUCUCUAGUUUUACAGCUCUUGCUGCAUCCCAAUGUGAAAUUAUAUCCGUAAAAUAACGACUCCUCACCCCUGUCCCACCCUAGACCCUGAUGAGAUUCUUUUAUUUGUUCUAAGCAUCUCUAGUAUCAAACAAAAGUUAUCAUUGGUGUGUAGAUUAUUUUACAUAGCAUGAUGUUUUCAGGGUCCACUUAUUUUAUGUCUGAUACUAGAGUUUGAUUUAUUUUUAUGGCUGAGUGUCUUAUUGUUAAAUUUUAAUUACUAGCAACUACUACAGUGAGGCACUAUUCUUUCUCCCGUGAAAUCAUGGAAAUGAUUUUUCCUCUCCUCUUUUUUCUUUCCCUACAGAAUGACCACGAACACUUACAUUUGACAUGCCAAUUUAUCAAGUGUCUCCCAAGAACAUUCCCUCAUGUUUCUUUUCAGAGUAGCCAUUUGUUUCAGGUCAGUGUGCUUUGGGGGAGUAGGUGCCCCCCCUCCACUGUUAAUAAUUUAGUUGACAUAGAAUUCAGCUGUUUUAAGUGGACUUGUGGAACAAUUACUGGAGUCCAGAUGAUGAAAAAUUGUUGUCACCCCCAAAGCUUCCUCAUGUUUGCCUGCAAGUGCCCUUCAUUCUCAAGCCACACACAGCAGCUAAUCCCCCUCCCCCGUCUUUAGAGUUGUCUUUUUUUCUGGGAACUGGAGCUGAGUAGAGUCAUACAUUAUGUGAUCUUUUAUAUCCAGGCUCUUUCACUUAGAAUGUUGAUUUGAGGCUCAUCUGUGCUUUAGCUUUUAUUAGUAGUUUGUUCCUUUUUAUUGCUGGGGAGGAUUCUGUUUUGUAAACUUCAAGUAGAGUUUCAGCUGUUAGCUUUUGUGAAUGAUGCUGCUCAGAGUGUUGACGUGCCUGCCUUUGCAUGACUGUGUUUUCACUUCCAACUUCGUGUCUUACCUAGGAGUGGAAUUGCUGAGCUAUAUGGGAAACUUAAGUAAAAUUUUGAUUUAGACCCAGGCUUGAAGGAAACUUAGGUCUAACUUUUAAAAGCUCAACAAACCAUUUUCCAGGGCAGAAGCACCAUAUUACAGGGCCCCAGUGUAUGAGCCUCACCAACACUUAGUUUCUCUUUUUGAUUGUAGCACACUACCUGGGUCAUGCAUCUCCUUUGGCUCUAAUCUCACUGAUGACUGAUGGUGUUGAGCAUCUGUCCUGCAUGUAUUGGCUACUGGUUCACUUAUUUGCCGAGAUGUGUAUUCACAUACACAGCCUCUGCUUUGUCCCAUAAAACUUUUGACAACGAAGUGUACAGUACUUAGUUCAUUUUGUCCAUUUGUUUCUUUUGGGGUCUUCUUUGCUACAAUUUGCAUAGUCUGUCGUGUAUUUCAGGACCUGAAGAGAUUGGUUUUAGGGGAACAGUGGUUCAUUCAACUGUCCUACCUAAGCCCGACAAUGUCUCUCAUAGUGGAUCUUACAGGUAGGUAUUCUAGUCUUUAGACAGUGACCAAAACCUCCAGCACUGACAAAGUUUGGAGGAUAUUAGGAGAAAACAACUUCUGAAGGUGAUUGUAUUAUCUUGUCAAGGCCCUGGCCUAUCGAAAAGUUAGCCUAAAAGGGGGAUGCCAUUAUAAACCUAAAUGUCAAAGUGAUUGUUUGAGAUUUACUCCAGUGAAAUGUGGCUUUGCUUUUAAUUUCAAAAAUGACAACUCAGUAUAUUUCAAUUGAGACCUUUUUUUCUAAUAAAGAAAGAUUUCAUGCACAAACUGAGAGCUUAUGCUUUGUCCUUGCCAUGCACUUUAAAGCCCGGGACUAUGAUAUGGAUUUUGUGGCGAAGUGACAGGUGCAGAAGCCUAGGGGAAGAUGGCACCUGUGAGACGGGAGCACAACGGUGGGAAAUGGACCUGGAAUCUAGAACCCAGGCCAGAGAACUCUUGAGUGUUUGAAAGGACUUUGGUCUGUCUCAUCCUCUCUGUGAUGGAUGGCCAUGGGAUGUUGUUAUACAAUCCAGUGUGUACUUUAAAAAGAUCAUGGGGAUCUGGUAUUAUGGUGCAUUCCUUUAAUCUAAACACUUAAAAGGUAGAGGCAAGCAGGAGGAUAAGUUUGAAAUCAUUUUUAGCUGCAUAGGGAAUUCAAGGUCAGCAGGGUUAUGUGAGACAAGAUAGUGGGACCAUCUGGAACAAGGAGCCAAUUAGGAGGCUGUUGGCCUCUUAAUUAGAAAUAAGAGCUAUGACACCUUGGACCAGGAUGGUAACAUCAGAGGCUGGGUGCUUUAUAAGUAGAGCUGGCAUAAUUUGAUGUUUAGUUGAAUAUGGACUAUCAGAGAAAAGAGAGAAAUCAGGAAUGAUUCGAGAUGUUUGACCUGAGCUUUUAUGUGAAUGCUGCUACUGUAAGUACAGAGAAUUUGAGGAAGAUUAGGUUAGCAGAGAAAAUUAACAGCGUGUAUGGAUGGCCUAGUUCAAAGGCAAAUCGAAAUGAUGCUGACAUACAUAAUUCACAAGUAUGCACGCAUACCAGAGACGUAUACAGAGCUUAGGCUUUCCCUCCCUCCCGUUCACUCUCCCCACAUCCUUCUCUUUGUCCUUCCCCCUUUCUCUUUUUCAUUCUCGUUGUUCUCAGUUCUGGAGAUCAAACUCAAUGUUCCCCAUGAUGGACUAGGUGCCCUCCGUCUGCAUUACUCCCACAGGCCAGGACUUUCUUCUCCUUCACUUUGGGAUGCUCUUUUCCUUAUCCAUUCUCUCUGCAUUAUGUUUUAAAAAUGGGAUUUUUAGCUACAUAAAUUUUUGUUUUACUUUCCCCAUGACUCCCCUAUGGUACUUUAUCUAGGUCAGUCCAUGUAUACCCUGCAUUCCUUUUGAUUACCUCGGAGGGUUGGAUUAUUGGAUUAUCUCAGUUUCUCAGUUAGAGAAAGGGCUGCAGUGAUCAUUCCCAUGUCUGCCUUUGUGUGUGGGUCCCAACAUUUGAAACACUUUGGGUCUGCCUCAGAGUCCAUUAUAGCCACUAAGUAUUUUACUUCCUUGUAGCUAAUUGGUUUGGUGAAUGUGUGCUAGAUUAUGUUUUUGAAGCUUAACUUUUUAGUUUAAUAGGAAGCAUUUGGAAUAGGCUGCCUUUUGAGGUGUGGCUGUUGAUUCUGAAAGAAUGAAGUGUUAUGGUAGGGCAAGAAGUGCAGGCUUCCGUACUAGUCUUGGACCUGUCUAAUAUCUUUUCUGGACUGCAGAUUCUUACAAGUACAAUGGAGAUGAGCCAUACUUUGCCCACAUUGAAGAGACUCUUCUAAACUCAAACUGUGGGGCCUGGCGGGAAGAGCAUGUUUGUUAGGAUGAGAGCAAACAACAUAAGUAGCUAGAGGGAUUUUUUAUAAAUUGGUGUCACUGGGGUUUCCACAUUUUGUAGAAACCCAGCGUAGAGGAAGAGAGGAAAUAGUAAGGAAACGAGCUUGGCAGUGGGGCCAGAAGCUGUCACAGCGUGUUUAUGUCUGGCUCAUUUCACCUUGGUUGGAAGGCACAGAAUGCUUCAGAGGGUGCGUUUGGAAGCUGGGCAGUUGCCUGCUAUAUUUAGAAAGAGGAGAUUCCUGGGGUCGGGUUGGGUGUUCAUGUGCAUGUGUGUGUGUUUUCUUUGCCAGGUGGACAAAGGUUUGGGGCUUGCGAAUUCUGGAUCAAGGCUUAUUAGCCAGCCAGCUUCUCAGGGCCAACUCAGUAGCUGUGCUUUGACUCCUGCUGCUGCCACACAGGAGAAGCCAAAAUAAACUCUGUUUUGUAUGGUUUGUAAAGAUACCACAGGUAGGUUUCAAAGCUCACUUGAUCUCCCUAUCAUAUUAACGUUUACUGCAGGCUCACAGGAACACUUUGAAAAUAUGAACUAGCAUAUCUCGAGUGGCUUCAGCAAGAUUUCCGGGCAGCCGAAUUGAACUUUGGCUGCUUCUGGGCCAAGGUCACUGUUGAGCAGACAGGCCCAGCACUGCAACAGUUCUGGUUGCUUAUCUCGUCCUUAGCUUGUGGAUCAGCUGUGGGCAAAGGCAAAGAUGCAACUACAGUGGCAUAUUUACUUUUUUCACAUCUGUUUCUUUAUCAGUAAAUAGUUAAUAUCUACAAAUGGCACACAGUUCAAAAACCAAAAAAAGACUGUGAGUUUUCCUCCAUCCCCUGUGUCUUGAUCCCAAAUUCUAUGGAAAGCAACAUUUUGCCAUCUGAGUUAUUUUUUUAAGUGAAAUAUAUGAAUGUGUCAGCAAGUAUAUGUGUGUGUAUUCAUUGGUACACUUAUAUACACUUAAGCAAUACACUUAAUGCACAUGUAUAUCACGGCAUUUGUCUAUGAUCACAGCAUUGGGCGGGUACAGGUAGGAUGACCAGAGUUCAAAGUUAUUCUUAGCUACAUAGAGUUCCAAGCUGGCUGGCCCUUAGAUUUCCUGAGACUUUAUUUAUAUCUAUCUCAGUAUAUGUACACAGGGAUAUGUAUAUAAACAUAUGUAUACAAUAUGCAUGCAUAUAAACAUGUAUAUGUAUACAUAUACACAUGUAUAUAAACAUGCUCAUACAACAUAUACAGAUGCCAUAUAAACAUAUGUGUACACACAUGUAUUUAAACAUGUAUAUGCACGUAAUACAUAUAUUUAUGAACAUACAUAUAUGUGCACACAUAUGCUUUGAUGUAUAUACCUCUGGCAUGGGACACAGAAAUGAUCAUAGCUGUAGGAUAAAUUUCUACUCCAGAUCUUCUCAGCUAAAUGUAUAUAUAUAUAUACUGUGAUAUUCUCUGGAAAAUUGUCUAAAAAUGUUUGGAGUGAGCUGAAUUUCCUCAGCCAUGACUUUUAGAGUAGGAAAUCAGGGUUUUUUUUUUUUCCUAUUUAGAAUAACUUCUAUAAUAUAAAACUUGGAAUAUUCUUCUGACUUUUAUGUUUUGUUCAUCUUAGGAUUCUUAGGAUUAAAAGCUAUAGUGAGCAUUAUUCCCUAGAAUGUGGCACAGCUGUAUCUUAGCUUUACCCAAACACAUCGCUUACUCUUAUGUUCUAGUGUGGUAUUGUUGUGUUUCAUUUGGAAUAGUGUGUGCUCUAUUCAGGAGGGUCAGUGGGUGCUAGAUCUUCUGCAGAGCUUUGGUGAUUGGAUAUAGUGACUUUGAGCUAGUGGGCAUGUCUGCUCUAUGGUGGAAGCUUGCCUGUGGGCACUGGAAUUCCUGGCAGGCAAAAGAUGGGGAUGUUUUGUGUGCCAUCUCCCCAUGGUGGCUUUUCCUGCAGAUGUCUUUUGGAUGGAGGACAGGAUUAUGUCACAUGUUGUCUUACUUAGAGUUUUACUGCUGUGAACAGACACCAUGACCAAGGCAGCUCUUAUAAAGAUAACAUUUAGUUGGGGCUGGCUUACAGGUUCAGAUGUGAAGUUCAUUGUCAUCAAGGUAUGAGCAUGGCAGUGUACAGGCAGACAUGGUGCAUGCAGAGCUGAGAGUUCUGCAUCUUCAUCUGAAGGCCGUUAGGAGAAGACUGGCUUCUAGGCAGCCAGAAUGAGGGUCUUAAAGCCCACACCCACAGUGACACACUUCCUCCAACAAGGCCACACCUCUAACAAUGCCAUACACUUCCAAAUAGUGCCACUCCCUGCACCAGGCAUCUUCAGACCACCAUACAUGUACUCUUUGGUUUAUGCUUAGGUACUUAGAACAGCUCCUAUAGGUCUAGGACAGUGUUUUUCAACCUGUGGGUCAUGACUCUUUAAGACCAUUAGAAAACACAGAUAUUUAUAUUACAGUUCGUGACAGUAGCAAAAUUACAGUUAAUGUCUGAAAUAGCAACAAAAACAGUUUUAUGGAUGGCGGUCACAUGAGGAACUAUAUUCCAGGGUCAUAGCAUUAGGGAGAUUGAGAACUGCUGGCAUAGAAUAUACACUGGUAGACUCUGUCAGCAUGGACCAGGCACUUGCCCCUCUCCUGGGUGUUAAGCAUCUAAAAAGGAGGCAGAAGAUCACUGCCAGUCCAUGGCUCAGGAGUGAGUACUGGCAGCUUGGAGGGGUAUUUGGGAGAGGGAGCUGAGACCUUUGGGAAAGGCUAGUGAAGGCUUAUCAAGUCCAAAGAGGCCCGUGUGACUUAUCUGCCAUUUGUAGGUCACCUCUGCUAAUUUUGCCUCACCUUCAGGAUUCUUUAUUAACUUUGAGACAGUCUAUUCAGAAUUUCAUUUAUUUUAGAAGGGAAGUUUACAGCAAUAAGAAUUCACAGGUUUGAUGUGUUUAGCUACUUUGUGUUAUAAAAAGAAUCAUUGAACCAUAAUCAUUAAGUUAAAAAGUAGUUGCCAUUGCAUUACUUAAAAUAGCUGCAUGUUUCAGAAGUAAUGUAAGAUCCACUGUAUGCUUUGCACUGUCCUAAGGUAGAUGCAUUGGAGAUAUCUGUCUUACAGAUAGGUAGGGGAGUAGUUGGUUUCACAGACUAGGAUACAGUAGUCCCUGAGGUGGGAGGGCAGGGCUCUGUGCUAAGGAGUACAGAGAGAGUGACAGGAAGUAGUCCACUCUUGUGUAUUUUUGCUUGGCUUAGUGGGAUCACUACUUAAACAUUCAGAGUUAUGGAAUGGAAUACAGGGUUCUAUGGAAUUUUUCAGAGGAAAUGAGAUGAUACAAAUAAAAAGGAGAAUGCACACUCAACUGUGUCAGGAUUGAGAAAUGGAAGAGAUGAGGGCCCAGGGGAAGGAGGAGCUGGGCACCUCCGAAGUGUCUCUCAGGUCCUAGGUGUCGACUAGACUCCAUUGCAUCACUGUAGAUUUGUGGUGUGUGGUAGAGACAUGCUGUUGGGUGAUGCUUGUUUCUAUAAAGUUGUUCUUGUGGGGCAUGCAGGUGAAAUAGGGUUGGAGCUCUGGAAGGAACUUGGGGGCUUUGGCUCACCCCAGGUGCUAUUUGAGGCCCUGCAGUGAAUGCAUAAUGAUGUGACCUGUGCAGUGGUUCUCAGCCUUUGGUGUCCAUUGGAGUCUGGGAAGUACUUCCCCCUCUCCUCCCAAGGUUUUGAUGCAGUAUGUCUAGGCUGGGAAUUAUAAAACUUCCCAGGUGAUUCUAAUGGAUGGUAGAGACCCUAAGAGAAGAGAGUGGAGGCUGAAGCUACAUCAACACAUAGCAGGCAGGUAGAGGAGGCUUGGAGCUCAUCUGAAUGGAGGACUGGGGAUUUUGUCCUGGACAUUUUGGAUGAGAACAUUCCCAGAAGCCUUUGGAUUUGACCUUUGGAGGACAAACUGAAGAAAGCAGCGUAAGUGUAAGGCAGUAAUUACUAUCUGUGUAAGGCUAUUACUGUGAAACACAGAUGAGAAUUAUAGAUGGUGAGUUUAGUAGCAUAAGCACAGCACAAGUCAAUUAUACAUUGAAAUUGGUUUCUUUCUUCACUACCUGAUUGUCCAGGUGAUGGUUGUACCCAUUCAGGUUGCCAUGACUGCAGCCAUCUUAAGCCUUCCAUAUUUUCCCCAGAGCAACCUUAGUGAUUUUGUUUUGUUUUUUUCUGCCUACAUUUUUGUUGUUGUUGUUGCUGCUGCUGCUGUUGUUUUGUUUUAGACAUGGUCUUCCUAUGUAGCUCUGACUGUCUUAGAACUUUCUGUGGAGACCAGGGUGGCCUUAAGCUCCCAGUGAUGCUUCUGCCUCUACUUCCCAAGUACUGGGAUUAAAGGUGUGAACCACCAGGCCUAGCCUGUUGCGUGCAUUGUUAGAAGAGAGAAUGCUGUCUGUAAGAUGUUCUCAGACUGUAAAUUCUUAGGCUUUUAACCCAAGGAGAUUCUGAUUUCAGAGCUCAGGGUAGGCCUGCAAAUCUGUGUGACCCAUAGCUUACUCUCCUUUCUCCCUAGCGAUUUGCAUGUGUGUGGGGUGUGAAUGUGUGGGCACUUAUGUGUAUGGGUGUGUCAGACCACACAGGAAGUCAAAAUAGGCCAGAAGAGCUUCUGUGUAAACUUUGUCCUCAGAGCAUCCUUUCAAUGUGCCUGCUAAACUGCCCAGCCUUCCCUUGGGACAGCUCAGGUAUCUGCAGGGUGUCAGGCAGCACUAACACAGGUCAAAGGGUGAUGGAGUGUUCCAAAACUGUACGUGUUUCAGGAAACAUGCUGUCUCAGCCAGUGGGGCCUCAUGCCUGGGAUCCAGUUGUUCCUUAAGCUCUGCCUGGGAGGCUGCUGGGACCCUCUGAGCAGUGGGAAUGGGGUGGGGGUGGAGAGUAAGAGAAAGGAAACUUUAUAUUCCUCAGCAAAAGUAGGGCAGUCAGUCCCCCACCUCCCUGCCACAGUGAGUCCUGGUUGAUUUCCUCAGGGUUAAAGGCAGUUGGGGUCAGAGACUGUAAUUAUGUUCUUAAACCCCCCCUCCCCACUCCCCUUUAAAACAUCCAGGAAGCACAGCAACACUGGCUGAGCUGCAGCAGAGGCUGGGUGUCUGAGGAGGGACUGUCUGUUGAUUGGAGCAUGAGAUAUCCCAAACCCAGUGAGAGCGGAUUGCCCCUCCUGCCACUCAAUUUCUGCCAAAGGCUCCACCCUCCUUGGGUGCCUGUCUCUGUUCUGAUCUCUGCAGGGCUGGGUGGAGAAGGCUACAGCUGCUGGGUAUGAAAUCCCAAGAUGCCCCUGUGAGGGCAUCAGUGCUGCUGUGUUUUUGCUUUGCUGUCUGCUUAGGAGAAUCUAUCUGCAUGCUGUUCGUCCAGCGACAGGGCCUUCCUGCUGUGGUGUCUGGGACUCACAAAAGAUGCCUGAGACAGACCCUACCCUGGGCAGCUUAUCCAGCAGCUCAUCAGCUGCCUGAAUCCCGCGGUGGACAGUAUGGCUUUGUGGGAGCUGGAGGCCAGGCAGGCUCUGGGGAUGCUCCCUUGGCUCCCUCAGGCCUCAGCUUCCAGCCGUUUGCCCAGGAUUUACAUCUGCCAGCCAGGCCAUGAGGCUGUGUGCUGGCUCUCUGACCAAAGCUGCCGGAGUGGUGUGCAAGGUCAGCGAGUUACCACGUGGCCAGUCUCAUUAGAGCAGCAACAUAGUUCUCUUUGGAAAGGAAUCCUUCUUCUUUUUUAUGAAGCCAGCACACUGGUAAUAAGUUCCCCAGCAGGGACGCUCUGCUCCGUUGCAGAGGACAUCGGGGUGGAACUGAUCGCUUUUGGCCUCGGUGUCUUUUGGGAGAUGACUUUGGCUUGUUUCUCCGCUCCCCCACUUCGUCUGGGCAGCAUCCCUUCAUGCCAUCACAGCAACACAAGGCUUAGGGGUUUGUGCUUGAGGCAGCCUCAGUUCGUGCAGGAAGGUGAUAGUGGGUAAAGGGGUCAUAAAAGCAGGCUCAUUUUUUACAAGUCUCUGUUCUAAAUGUUGGGUUUCCUUCCAUAACCCUUAAACCUGCAUCCCUUUAAGAAAAAAAGUGUUAGUUUUUUUUUUUUGAUGGUUAUUUUACAUGAGAAACUCAGCAAAUGUCAGCUAGAAAAGGAUGAGUCAUUUCUGUAUGUGCCAUCUCAGUCAGACUGGUGCUGAGUUCCUGGUGUGGGGGGCACCGAGGUGGGAGGCAGUGAUGAGCAGAGACCUUGGGAGUUCUUCUUUAGGAUUUAGAAAGUGGCUUUAUUACACUGUAAUUCACGUACCACAGGAUCCCUUUCAUUUAUAGCAUAUGUACCUAUGGCUAAUUGUAGAUUUUGUAUGCUUCUAUAGUCAUUUGGGAGAAUAUCUUUGUCAUGUGUACAGUGCUUACAUAUACCUUCCUGUCUUUUCUACUUCCCCAGCCAUAGGCACGUUCUUCGUUGGGACUUUCAGCCUUGUGCAGCUACUGGGGAUGCGGCAAUGCCUUUGCCUAGGCGUAGGGACCUGGCACUGAUACAUCUUCUCACCCUGAACGAUUUGCUGGUUCUGCGAAUCUCACUCGACCCUGAGAGUACCUGGAGGCCUUCUCUCAGCCUCCCGUUUUAUCCUGUGUCUGCCUGGGAGAUGAGUCUGCUUUAUUGAGUAACUUCCUGGCCGAGAGUGGGAAGGAAGAGUUCAGGAUCUAGGUUAGCUAGCAUCAUGGGGGGAUCAAGAGAGGAACUUUCAAAGGUUUUAGUUUUUGCUUCCUGCUGGUGCGAGGAAAUGAAGCCAAGGGUUUGCGAAUUGUAGGCAAAUGAGCUAUACCCCCAUCCUGAGGAACUUUUGUCUUCACGGCAGAGAACAUUUCCAGUGGUAUUCUGAUUUGGAGAGUCAUAUUUGGAGGUCAUCAGCUUUAAAUAUUUUGGAAGCCGGAUAAACAAAUGGCUCAAUUCACUGAUAUGGGGUGGUUGGGAAGAUGUGUAAGCAAGUCCUCUUUUCUCCCUUGACAUUUUUUUCCAGCCCGAGGAGUAGAGAAUGCUUGCUGCCCUCUCUGCCUUGGCUCUUGCCCCCCGUGCUCACCCUUCUUUGUGUCCCUUCCCCACACCCCACUUUCUUUCACUGUGACUGCUGCACAGAAUGUCUUGCUGAAAGGCCAAAGAUGUGAGCCCUUGAUAUCCUGAUGAUGAUGAUGGAGAGAAAGACAAAGCCCUCUUUAAAAGGGAAUGACCCAGGCAGAUUCUGGAGUAACAAUUGUAGGGAAAGGACUGUAGAACCCAGAAGACUCUGCCAGCAGUCUUCACGACUGUAAACAACACCAUGUAGGGCCUCUUUCCUGUUCAAGUUCCUGUGUUAUGUUCCAGAGGUGAGUGGACCUCUCAGAGCCAGGGUGGGUACACAAUGUUCUGCUCCCUCUCCCUGGUUGGCUGCUAUGACCAAAGCAUCUAGGUUCUUAUUUUUGCUUCUCCAAGGGGACCUUAGGCAAGCUUUUUGUUUCCCAUUUUUAUCAUCAGGCUGGAGCAGUGCUGUGAAAAUCAUCUCGAAUCAAGGAGGCCACUACUUAUAUUUCAAGGAAUAAAAAAAAAAUGGGGACAAGGAAUGAGAGCAUUAUUUGGGUUAGUUGAACAGCUCCAGAUAUAAUUAAGUAUUUAUAAUGCCACCCAGAGAACAUAGAAACCUAUUUGGGACACGUCAGGAGACUGGGUGUGAGCACUGCAUUUAGAAAUUCCAGGAGUGACACACUUUGGACAUAUAUAGACAAGUCCUGGAUUAGAUGGAAGGCUGACGUCUCCCUGGAGCUGCCAGUGCCACAGCUCAUAGAGCCACCAACAGCAAAAUAACAGCCUGCCCUUCCUGCCUUCCCCGGGGGCUUAUGUUGCGUCUUGCUCUUCACACGUGUUAGUUGUUUAAAAGUUCAGAUAAGCGUUUUCUUCUGAUGACACAAAUAACACAUUAUUAUAUGGAGAGUAUUUAGAAAUUAAAGAUGUAGAAAAUGCAAAAGAUAUUAGUAGUGCCAAUUAGAGGCGGCCAUUUAGGUGUUAUCAUCUUUCCACUCAGUGGCUCAUGACCAUUUGUGUAUGACUGCCGCUCUCCAGCUGUGCUGUGUCAAGACUUCUUGGACCAGUGCACACUUUUUGCACGGGUAGGUCUCGUGAUUCUCUCCUCUCCUGAGAAUUACACAGUUCUUAAUGUAAAUGGGCCACAGGUCUCCUUUGGAUGAACCCACACAGGCUGCACUUGCCUUCCUUCCAUUUUCAGCCUCUUGCCUGAUCUUUUUAUUCCUCUGCUUUGUGCUUCUGGUUAAGCAGAAUUUUGGAGGCAAAGCGAUUUUUUUCCCCUCCAGAGACCCACAUGUUGAAAACAUGAUGUUAGAUUGACUUGAACUGUAGUAAUGCUAAUGGAAUAUAUGCCAUCACUUAAAUGCUUGCAGUGUGUCAGGUAUGCAUCUCUUGAGUGUUUUAUAGACUUAAAAAUGUUUUCAGUGUGAGGAUCAAGUCCAGUGGUGUGCACAAACUACACAAAUGCUCUACCAUAGAGCCAUAUCCUUUCUAACCCUUACUUUUAUCUCACUGAAUCUUCAUGAUAGUCUAUGAGAUAUGACCAGCUAUACCCCUAGAAAAUUGCUAACGGGGAGGGGGGGGACGACUUUGUUAGCAUCAGGAUUUGAAUGUCAUCCAAUGCUAGCCCUUUUGCCCUUGGCCAGUCUUACACUGCUGACAUCUGCCCAGCUUCUUAUACUGUUUUCUCCUUAAAAAAAAGGGGGAGGGGGUACAGUAAUAUUAAGAGCAUUUUAAAGAUUAACAGGAGCUAUAUGCAAAAAGGUACCUGGUAUUAAAUCAUAGUGGAUAUCUCUAUUCUAAUGACUAAUUUUUUUUGUCUUUUUUAACAUGGUAAUAACACGGGAAUUUAUUUAUUUAUUUUUUAAAUAUUUUUUAUUACAUAUUUUCCUCAAUUACAUUUCCAAUGCUAUCCCAAAAGUCCCCCAUACCCUCCCCCCCACUUCCCUACCCACCCAUUCCCAUUUUUUUGGCCCUGGCAUUCCCCUGUACUGGGCCAUAUAAAGUUUGUGUGUCCAAUGGGCCUCUCUUUCCAGUGAUGGCCGACUAGGCCAUCUUUUGAUACAUAUGCAGCUAGAGUCCAGAGCUCCGGUGUACUGGUUAGUUCAUAAUGUUGUUCUACCUAUAGGGUUGCAGAUCCCUUUAGCUCCUUGGGUACUUUCUCUAGCUCCUCCAUUGGGAGCCCUGUGAUCCAUCCAAUAGCUGACUGUGAGCAUCCACUUCUGUAACUCGGGAAUUUAAAAUACUAUCUUUGUUCCAUCCUUAUGUCCAGAUCUUUGGCCUCCUCACUGAAGAUGAAUCCUUGUGUGAAGAGUUACCUCUGGGAAUUAGACUGGACCUUAUGCUUUGCCUGUAUUAUACUGAAGUUAAUCUAGGUGUUUUUGUGUUAAACAUGGCUGGUCACAAAGAUUCUAUAACAUUCUCAAGAGGUCUGAGAUACCGACUUCUCAAAAAUCAGAAGUACCUAAUGCAUAGUUAGAGUCCAGUUACAGGAUUCACAUAGCACAUGUAAGGUGUCUGCUGUGGCCUACCCUUGUCUACUGGCCAGAGACAGACACCCUUAGUGGGAACUGGCACUCUUCAUCAGCUGUUCCCUGGAUUCAUCAUAGGUGCCUGCUGUGGUACUUAAUGCAAAAAGGGUUUAAAGUAUAAGUCCCCCUAUAAUUAUAGCCUUCCCAUUUACCCUAUUUCCCCAUUCAAUCACUUGUAUCCUAACAUCCCCACUGUACUGCCAUCAUCUGUUUUGACUUUCCUGGUUUCUGUGGUUACUCUGUGUUGUGUACUCACCUCUGAAGAUUUGGAGUUAGAAGUCACAUGUCAAUGAAAAUGUGCUAUAUCUUCUUGGGUUACUGCAUGCAAUAUGAUCUUCUCUAGCUCCCUCCAUUUACCUGCAGAUUUUACUUUCUCUUAUAGCUGAAUAGUAUCCCACGUGUAAUAGUAUCCCACGUUUUCAUUCUUCCUUCCCAUUUCUUGGCUAUUAUGAAUAGAGAGCAGUGAACGUCCUGAGCAAGUAUCUGUAGAAUGGGAAGGAGUCAUUUUUUUCAUUGUUCCUUUUGUUUUGUUCCCUGCAUGUCACCUGCUGACCUUUCUAAGCUGGAACUGCAUCCCCCAUUCUUCCUGUAGACACUUAUGAAGACACAGGUUUUUCUUUGAGAACUCUGUGGUGACUUUCAACAGGAUUUAAUAUCAGUUCUUUUGGAGAGCUCCCUUUGCUGGCAUGUUUGGUAGCAGGAGUUGAACAGACAGGCUUGUGCUUUUCACACACAGCCUUGACAUUUUUAGGAACUGAGUCCUGAUAAGCAGGAUUUAGGAAUAAGAGCCAGUGUCUCCAGCCCCACUUGGGCUCUGUGUGUGGAUGGAACACCACCAUUCCUAGAUAUUGAAAGGAGGAGGAAGGGACAGCAUCGCCUCUUUCAAUCUGCGAACAUAGUACCCUGUUUAAUGAGAUCUAAGCGCUGGAGACUCACUGACCUACAUAGUGUACAGAGAUCUAAUACUACAGAACUUCAAUAGGGUGUGACCACACAGCUCCCUCCAUUGACUUCUCAGGGCUGGAAAUGAGCUUCUGACCUAGAACAGCUCUGUGGCUGUGCUUUGGAGCCGGAACACGGCUGUAGAACUGAGUAGCAGCAGCAGAGCACGCAGAAGCCCUGGACCUGAAACACAGGUGUCCUGCUAUGCCGAGAUUUGUCUUCGGCAAAGCGGAAGUUUGCAGAUUCCUUAAAUGAAUUUAAAUUUCAGUGUAUAGGAGAUGCCGAAACAGAUGAUGAGAUGUGUAUAGCGAGAUCUUUGCAAGAAUUUGCUGCUGUUCUCAGGAAUCUUGAAGACGAGCGGAGUCGAAUGAUCGAGAAUGCCAGCGAGGUGCUCAUCACACCCUUGGAGAAGUUUCGAAAGGAGCAGAUUGGGGCCGCCAGGGAAGCCAAAAAGAAGUAUGACAAAGAGACCGAGAAGUACUGCGGCACCUUAGAAAAACAUUUGAAUUUGUCUUCCAAAAAGAAGGAAUCCCAGCUACAGGAGGCAGACAGCCAAGUGGACCUGGUUCGGCAACAUUUCUACGAAGUAUCCCUGGAGUAUGUCUUUAAGGUGCAGGAAGUGCAAGAGAGAAAGAUGUUUGAGUUUGUAGAGCCUCUGCUGGCCUUCCUGCAAGGACUCUUCACUUUCUAUCACCAUGGUUAUGAGCUGGCCAAGGAUUUUGGUGACUUUAAGACACAGUUGACCAUCAGCAUACAAAAUACAAGAAACCGCUUUGAAGGAACCAGGUCUGAGGUGGAAUCGCUGAUGAAGAAGAUGAAGGAAAACCCCCUGGAGCACAAGACCAUCAGCCCGUACACCAUGGAAGGGUACCUGUACGUGCAGGAGAAGCGUCACUUUGGAACUUCCUGGGUGAAGCACUACUGUACCUACCAACGGGAUUCCAAACAAAUCACCAUGGUUCCAUUCGACCAAAAGUCAGGAGGAAAGGGGGGAGAAGACGAGUCCGUUACCCUCAAAUCCUGCACACGGCGAAAGACAGACUCCAUCGAGAAGCGAUUCUGCUUUGACGUGGAAGCAGUAGACAGGCCAGGGGUUAUCACCAUGCAGGCGUUGUCGGAAGAGGACCGUAGGCUCUGGAUGGAAGCCAUGGAUGGCCGGGAACCUGUGUACAACUCCAACAGAGACAGCCAGAGCGAAGGGACCGCACAAUUGGACAGUAUCGGCUUCAGCAUAAUAAGGAAAUGCAUCCAUGCGGUGGAGACCAGAGGGAUCAAUGAGCAGGGGCUCUACCGAAUCGUGGGGGUCAACUCCAGGGUGCAGAAGUUGCUGAGCGUCCUGAUGGACCCCAAAGCAGCUUCUGAGACAGAAACUGAUAUCUGUGCCGAAUGGGAGAUAAAGACCGUCACCAGUGCUCUGAAGACCUACCUGAGAAUGCUCCCAGGACCCCUCAUGAUGUACCAGUUUCAAAGAAGUUUCAUCAAAGCAGCAAAGCUGGAAAACCAAGAGACUCGAGUGUCUGAGAUCCACAGUCUUGUCCAUCGGCUCCCGGAGAAGAAUCGGCAGAUGUUGCAGCUGCUCAUGAACCACCUGGCCAAUGUUGCUAACAACCACAAGCAGAAUCUGAUGACUGUGGCAAACCUGGGCGUGGUGUUUGGACCCACCUUGCUUCGGCCUCAGGAAGAAACUGUGGCGGCCAUCAUGGACAUCAAGUUUCAGAACAUUGUCAUCGAGAUCUUAAUCGAGAACCAUGAGAAGAUAUUCAACACGGUGCCUGAUGUGCCCCUCACCAACGCCCAGCUACACCUGUCCCGGAAGAAAAGCAGUGACUCCAAGCCCCCAUCCUGCAGCAAGAGGCCCCUGACGCUCUUCCAUGCUGUGCCAUCCACAGAAAAACAGGAGCAGAGGAACAGCAUCAUCAACUCCAGUUUGGAAUCGGUCUCCUCGAGUGCAAACAGCAUCCUUAACUCUAGCAGCAGCCUGCAGCCCAAUCUGAAUUCCAGCGACUCAAACCUGGAUGUGGUCAAACCUAGUCGGCCCAGUUCACUCCCCCCGAAUCCAAGCCCAACUUCACCCCUCUCGCCAUCAUGGCCCAUGUUCUCGGCACCAUCCAGCCCUAUGCCCACCUCAUCCACGUCCAGCGACUCAUCCCCCAUCAGGCCAGAAGAAGCGGUCCGUGAAGACUCCAGCACACCAUUCCGGAAGGCAAAGGCUUUGUACGCCUGCCAAGCUGAGCACGACUCGGAGCUCUCCUUCACAGCGGGCACCGUCUUCGAUAAUGUUCAUCCAUCUCAGGAGCCUGGCUGGUUGGAGGGGACUCUGAAUGGAAAGACUGGCCUCAUCCCAGAGAACUACGUGGAAUUCCUCUAACCUUGAGCCCCAGUGGAGCUGCUGAGCUUCACGUGGUCUCCAUGACAACUGCUGCUUCUGGUGUUGUGGGCCACUUUUCAUUGCCACUGAGAAAGCAGGGAGCCCGACUGUUGCUUCCUGCCAACACAAAUGCAUCUGGGAACGUGUGCCACCAUUCUCCAUGAUCAUCUCAGCUUACAGCACAGUAAUGCUGCAAGAACUGCACAGCAAUCAGCAGAGGAGGCCAUUGGAUUUUGAUAACCCAGAGGAAGGCUUGCAAAGCUGUCUUCUCACGAGUGCCCUAAAUAGAGAGCCCUGAUUUCAUUUCAGCAGUCAUCCAAACCCCCAGCCUUCUGGGAAGAAGAAGCAGGAUGAGAAUAGUGCUAAAGAAAGUGCAUCGCUGCUGAGUUGGAAGAGGCAGGGCAAAGAAACUGGCACAAGGUGCAGGCUGCCUCUACUGCUGUUGCUUAUAGCAGGCGCUCUUUCUCUCUCCUUCCUUCUCCCAGAGACACAGUGCUACAGGCAGCUGGGUCUGUCUGCAAGCACACAGGAUGAAGGGGUUGCCGCACUGUUUAUAUAUGGUCCAAUCUCUCACCAUCUCUUGAGCAGCUGUUGGCCUAUAAUCAGCAGAUUUCAGUCCAGUCCUCUCAUGCAAAGAAACACACGCCCCUCACGUUCUCUGCCGCUGAAGGCUUCCAUCACUGCCAUCACCUAGUAACCAUAGCAACCCAACCUACUCUAAAACUAAGCCAAAAAUAAUACUUCUCUUUGUAUAACAACCUCCCCCCCCCCCCCAGCUCUGGCGAGUUUUUUUUUUUUUUUUUUUUUUUAAUGGUCUUCCAACAAUCUGAAGCAGAGGAUUAGACCAUUAGAGUAGUCUAUUUGGGGCAGAUAGCCCUUAGAAUUUUUUGUUACUGAGGUCCUGGGAUUUUAGAGAUGAUUCUUGGGCCAAACUUUGUAGCCUGAUUUUUAAAAGGACAUCUAUAUCACUGCCACCCAGAACAAAAAGAGGGAAUCAUUAAAUAGGAUAGGCCAUUAAGAAUCUGUAGGACGCCAAAUGUUGAGGCCUGGAGGCUAGGCUGGGUACCUUCAAAGAGAGGGAAUUCUCAUUACAAGGACAAGCAUCACAUGACCUCAAAAGAACACAAUCAUGGUAUCUUCGCACUCGAAUGUCCUUGAUAGAGGGACUCUGGACAAACUGUCACACUUUCCAGGAGCCUCUCUGAUGGCAACGUUGCACCAGAGAGUGUCUCAGGCUCCUGGAAUUCCCUUAGGGUUCUUUAAUGAAGAGAAGAAAACUUGAAUUGUGUUGAAUUACUGUAUCUUCUGCUUUUUUUUUUUAAAGAUAAACUUGUAAAUAGAAUGAUUUGAAAUAUUAUAUGGUAAAGUUUUAUAUUUGAUAUUCUUUAAGCUAGUUUGCUCCAUACAUUUAGUAUUUUGAUUGCUGAACAGAUGUGUUUAAAAGGUUGCAAGAGAGGCCGGGCUAAAGAGUCAAGGUCAUGUCCCCUCUCUGGCCCAGUGAAAGAAUGUGUCCUCAAUGGUUCCUGUUGGUGAGCCUGGAAAGUUGGUUGCAUUCAGUUGUCUUUAUCUACAUGUGAUUUGGGGCUUUGGAGUUCAAAAGAGCAUCUUCAAGCAGUGAAUUUUCAAAGAACUCCCACCCAACAGUAAAGUGACACUCAGGAUCUCAGGAUUUAAAUAGGUGGGGUGAGGGCGACAUGUUUGUUUUUUGUUUGUGUGUUUGUUCUUCUCAGGUGUAUUUCUUGGUACCCCAGGAUGUCCAGACAAAAGGAGAUGAGCCAACACUCCUUUUUCCCCCACAUCUCCAAGCUAGUUUAUAAAUGUGUCUAUCAACUCUAAGAACUAAACAAGAAAGCCAGCUGCUGUGGUUCUUGGUCAUUGGUGAACUUUACUCUCUUCCUAUAGACGUGUUCCCGCACUUCCCCUUCACCUCCAAAGUCCCGGCAGCCCCAAAGUAAAAAAGAAUCCCCAAGAUGACACUGUUACAGUUUUUAGAGGUGCUGUAAUGUUAAUAGUUCAUUGUCGGGAUUCAGUAUUGAGUUUACCAGCUCAGGAUUAUACUGUUGCCAACCAAGGACCCAGCCAGGAGCAAGGGAGACUUGAACUUUCAGUCAGGCAAACACAGGAUUCCAAACUGACAAUGCUGGGUGUGAUGGCUCAUGUGUGGUCUUAGCACUUGGAAGACAGAGACAAGAGGAUUGCUGAAGACUUACGCCAGCCAGAUGUGAGGCUGGAGGAGGGUUGCAAACGGAAGGAAGAAAGGCAGUACACUCAGGUUCCAGACCUAUUCCCUGUGAGCUUGAGAAAAGGUUGGGCAAUGGGGCCCGAAGGGCAUGCACACUCAAGUAGCAUUGCUCCUUCCAAAUUAAAAGAGCCCAGCAUGAUACUUUUAAUAUAUCUGAUGGUUUAAAUUGUCGCCUGCCCCAUAAUAAAUGAACUAUGCUUGUAGUCAGGGCCCAGCACGACUGCUUGGAUACAUAUUCUUUCUCUCCUGAGCUGGCCCUGGUUUGAAACUGCUCUCUUAGGCUGACCUCCUUCCAGUUUCCCUGAGGCCAUGUGUGGCCUAUGACAGAUGGUCGCUCUGUUUCCCUUUGUCCAGCUAGGCCUCCCUCCUAUUCCUCCUCCUCGUCCUCCUCAGGAAAAAGAACUGGAGAGAUUAAUAUGAGCCAAGUAGGAAGGAACUUGAAGAUUAAAAGUGUUAUGUGCCCUUUCUGCUCUCUGAACACCCCUGAGCUCCCCACAAAUAAGGAAAACUGGGGUAGAUCAUGAGGAAUGAGUUGAUAUCAGAAUGGAAGUUCAUUGACCAGAGUCCCAAAGAUUUCCCAGGAGCUUUGAGUUUCUCUUGUAAGACCCUGGGAUGGGUUGGUUAUGGUUUGAAUUUUGGAGCAUCAAGAUGGUUGGUCUUACUCUCUGAGAUAGAGAGUUCCAUAAUUGAACAGUGCCAUUCUGUGCUAUGAAAUGAGAAGAUAGCUGCUUUCACAUCUCUGCCCCCAAGCAAGGAAAAUGAGCUUGUUCAACACUGAUGAAAUUCUCUAUUUUUUCUUUUUUUAAAAUAAAUGUGUGUGACUGACCUCCAUUCAGUGGAUGCCUCAGUCUUUAGUAUUAGAGCCAGUUUGUAGUAUUUUUAAAGCCAUUAUGUGAAGUCUUGUGGAUGCUUUUUUUAAUUUUUUUUUUAAAUCAGAGAAGAAAUGAGAAGAGAGUACUUCCAACUGGGCACUGGUGAGCCAGAGCCAUGCUGGCUGGUUGGGAGUUACAGGCGCUCUAGACCUGAGUGUGCCACAUCUGGAUCUUAAGGGAAAUCCUUCUUAACUGCAUUCCCCCCCAACCCCCCCAGGACAGUAGCAAUCACACCAAAAGCUGCUUCAGUCAUAGAACUUCCAGAAGCAUCCAUUAUUGAGGCAGGGGGAAGUAGACUAAAGAGGGUGAGAUCAUCUGUUCUUGGCCGGCUAUAUCUGCUUCCUGUGACAAGGCUGUUUACCUAGCUUCAUAGCCAGCGAGCUUGGGGGUGCACCAGUGACCACACAUUUGCCCUGGCACCCACUGUUCUUAGUAGACAAGGGAACCAAGCGUCUGCUUAGCUACCUGUCUUUCAAAGGAAUGUUCUGGCUGUCUAGGAAGGGAGUUGUCUGCCAAUUCUGUCAAACUUGACAGUGAUCACUUACGUUGAUAGCCCUGUCCCAACAGCCCUUUAAUCAGUCAGGUGCCCCUCACUCCCCAUAGUAGUGCAUGAAAAAAUAUCUUUUGCAUUCAAAUAUUUCUGCACCCAUGCAGAUCUAGUGUUUGUCUGUGAAUGUAGUAUCAAAAUGACAACAGCAGAGAGCUGGGACUGAACCUUGGACAUGCCUCCAACAUGCUGAGACAAGACUCCACCAGGCGAUGACGGGCCUUCUUCCCUUUGCCGCCCACAGCACGUGUCUAACUUAAAGAGCCACCCUAAGUAGACAGAGAUUCCAGACGUCACUCGGAGGCAGCCCUGUACUCAUGGAAGGAAAGCAUAGAUAUAAAAACACCCGGAUCAGGAAGGAAAGGUGAGCCACCCUGAGAGCAAGAACUAAGCAUAGUCCUAACCCACAGAGGGAGGGCCAAGAACUAUCCUGUCAAAAUUCACAUUAGUGCAGUCAGUGGGGAGCAAGGUUGUGGUAACUCAGUGUCUGAGUGACCUGGAGUAGCUUCAGGCAGGCUGGCAUACUCUCUGCCAUCAUGCACUCACACAUGCAUACCUACCAUUCUUGCGGCUUCUGAGUAAACACCAACAAACAGCAUCCCCGGGGUUCAAGAUGCCCGAGUCAGCUUGGUGUCUGUGAAAGCAUACAUGUGGGGAUUCUAAAAUUUGUGUGUGCGUGUGUUGGUGUGUAUGUGUUCGUACAUAGCACAUACAAGCAUAAAGGUGCCGCCUCGGGUGUAGACACACACACACAAGCUGGCAUUUGUAAAGCUCUUACAGCCUUGAAGAUUUGGAGGGAAGAGUUUUCAGAGGAACUAGAGUCUGUCAGUUUCCUAGCAAAAGAUCAAAGCUACAAACGAGCUGUCAUCUGAAGCCUCUGUUCGUGUUUAUCACAUAGUUAUCCACAGCUGCGUUCCUUGGUGACUUAUUAAAAGUCAGGUUAAAAACUCAAACCCAUAAAUUUCCAGUAGCUAAUGCUAGGCUAGUGUUCAAAAGCACUCUAAAAGACAUUUAGUCCAUAUUUUGGGAAAGAAACUAUUUGCAUGUUUAAUUCAUCUUUUAGGCUGCUGUUGAGUAUACUGUAAAGUGCUGUGUGAUAUCAAGCCAGUAAAGUACUUAUAAAUGGCACUUUAAUAUUUUCUUUUGAGAAAUCAUAAAACACUGUUGUAAAUUUCACUAUUGAAUAUUGACUGGUACAUAGAAUCAAACUCUGUAAUUAAAAAGUAGCCUGCAGCUAGGAUAGAACAUUUUUCUUGUUAUUAGAGAAAAAAAAAAAGUUUGCCAUGUUCAGGCUUUUUAAAAAAAAAGUGUUUCUGUGCCAUUGUUCGUAUCUAUAAAGAAAAUACAAUUUCUGUCAGGCAUCUCUGAAACCUGGCUUUUUUUAUGUUUGGUUCGUGUCUGUGGCAAUCCCUAUAAAGUGAGUGGAAGUAUGAUUUUUGAAUUAAAUGACUUUCCCAUUUGA